GCAAGGCAGCGGCGGUCCCCGGAUGUCUGCGGGCCGGAUUAACCCCGGAAAUGCCGGGUGAAGCCGGUGGGAGCGGAGCUCUGCAGCAACCGCCAUCCGACCGGCCUCAGCAACCUCCGACACUUGCAGCGGCGCCGAGCCCCAGCAGCAGGGGCAGGGCAGGGCGGCCGGCGCCCCGACCCGAUCCCCCGCUGCAGGGAUGUCGGCCGAGAUCAUCGAUAACCCGCAAGCGCUGCAUUUCGAGGAGAUCGACUACAAUGAGAUCGAUGUGGAGGAGGUUGUUGGGAGAGGAGCCUUUGGAGUUGUCUGCAAAGCAAAAUGGCGUGGAAAAGAUGUAGCAAUAAAGCAAAUAGAAAGUGAAUCGGAGAGGAAAGCAUUCAUUGUCGAGCUUCGACAGUUGUCACGUGUUACGCACCCAAAUAUUGUGAAACUCUACGGAGCUUGUUUAAAUCCAGUAUGCCUUGUUAUGGAAUAUGCAGAGGGAGGCUCCCUUUAUAAUGUGCUACAUGGAGCUGAACCCUUACCAUAUUACACUGCUGCCCAUGCAAUGAAUUGGUGUUUACAGUGUGCACAAGGAGUGGCAUACCUACAUGGCAUGAAACCCAAGGCUUUAAUCCACAGGGACCUCAAACCACCAAACUUGCUGCUGGUUGCUGGCGGGACAGUUCUGAAGAUCUGUGACUUUGGCACAGCCUGUGAUAUUCAAACUCACAUGACCAACAACAAGGGAAGUGCCGCCUGGAUGGCUCCAGAAGUUUUCGAAGGAAGUAAUUAUAGCGAAAAGUGUGAUGUCUUCAGCUGGGGCAUUAUUCUGUGGGAAGUAAUAACUCGCCGAAAACCUUUUGAUGAAAUUGGUGGUCCUGCAUUUCGCAUCAUGUGGGCUGUCCACAAUGGUACCCGACCGCCUCUAAUCAAAAAUCUACCCAAACCAAUUGAAAGCUUGAUGACCCGUUGUUGGUCUAAAGAUCCUGCCCAGCGUCCAUCAAUGGAGGAGAUAGUGAGGAUAAUGACUCAUUUAAUGAAGUAUUUCCCAGGAGCUGAUGAACCUCUUCAAUACCUGUGUCACUACUCCGAUGUGAGCCAGAGCAACUCAGCUACAAGCACAGGAUCUUUUUUGGAAAUUACCUCCACAAAUACCAGUAACAAAAGUGAUGCCAAUGCAGAACCUAGUGACUUGCACGCAAAUACUACCAACGAUACAAUCAAGCGUUUAGAAUCAAAGCUUAAACUCACACCCAAACAAUCGGGUGACUCUACAAGAUUAAAUCUGCCGCUGUCUCGAGGGAGCAGUGUGGAGAGCCUCUCUGGAGGACGGACACAAUCAGCUGCUGCUACUCUGGAAGGCAAGAGACUAAGUGCUGACCUCAGCAAUUACUCAGAAUUGGAGGCUAGAAUCAUGAAUGCGACAACAGCCCGUCCAAAACCAAAACGAGGCCACCGUAAAACUGCUUCAUUUGGUAACAUACUGGAUGUUCCGCAGAUCGUCGUAUCAGCAGGCAGUGAACAACAAAGGCGCAGGUCGAUUCAGGAUUUGACAAUUAUUGGAACUGAAUCUAAUCAGGGCAGCAGAAAUAGCAGCCGUUCCUCUAGUCCGAGUGUGAGGAUGAUCACAGCCACAGGAACUCCUUCUGAGAAAACGACUCGCAACUAUGCAUGGACGCCAGAUGAAUUAACAGAUACAAAUGGUUCUGAUAACUCUAUCCCAAUGGCAUAUCUUACACUGGAUCACCAGUUACAGCCACUAGCUCCAUGUCCAAACUCCAAAGAAUCCAUGUCUGUAUUUGAGCAACAUUGCAAAAUGGCUCAGGAAUACCUGAAAGUUCAGACUGAAAUAGCAUUGUUACUACAGAGAAAACAAGAAUUAAUAGCAGAACUGGACCAGGAUGAAAAAGAUCAACAGAAUACCUCCCGACUGGUUCAAGAACAUAAGAAACUCUUGGAAGAAAACAAAAGUUUAUCUACAUACUAUCAAGAAUGUAAGAAACGGCUAGAAUACAUAAGAGCCCAGCAGCAGAAGCGGCAGGGCACAUCCUGAGGGAAUGGAUUGCGUGGGCCCUUGUAUCUAUGCUACGUGCCCGAGACUAUUGCUUAGUCACAUGAAGACUGAUUUUAUUGGAAGAUGACCUGUUUGGAUAACUUAACUCAGUGUUCGGGCCUCUCUGUUGUGUUCUGGAAGUGGAUUUCUGUGCAUCUCCAUUGCAGCCUUGUACAUCAGACAAGCGUUGUCUUUAGUUGAUUUUUUUUUAUAGGUUAGUAUUUAAUUUCAUUCCAUGCAUAUUUUAGUUCAAUCACCAAUUAGAUUUGAGAGGUGUUUUUGAUGAAAUUGUGGCAAUAAAUUAUUUGUAAGAAACUGCAAUUCAGUUAAGAUGUUACAAGAAGGGAAAGGAAUAACUAAACCAAAACAACUCGAUUGUUAGGCCCCACUGAUCAUUCUUACCUGUUAUGGACUUGAUUGCUCACAAUGCUGGAUGCUAAUGUGCCUUGGAGGCAAGCAGUAUUUUCCUUCGGUCACCAGAUGCUAUCUAUAAUAUCCUUUAAUUGAGACAGAUCUGCAGUAACUGUAGCUGUCCAGAGCUCUAUGCUAAUUAAAAAAAAAGAAUCUGUGGCUGGAUAUUUUGGAAAGUUCUGGAAGUAUCCAGCAGUAUUAAUCUCUGAGGUGUUUGUAAUGUAAAAUCAAAUAGAGUGCAUUCAGCAAGGCUGUUCCAAUCGCAUAUUGCACAGUUCCUCCUGAAGAAGGAGAAACAAUUUAUUUAUAGAAGAAACAAAAUUUUUUUUUAAACUGAAAACAGCAGUAUCUUGAUAGCUGUCUUCGAUGCUACUCCACAGCAGUAAUUUUCUGAUCUGUUAUACAACCUUAAGUUUUAAAUCUUAUAUAUAUUACCUUGGACAUAACUUAUAUUAAAAGCUGAAUCAGAAAUCAGUAAAUACUUGAAGUAUAAGGGAUGAUCCAGCGUGCAGGGAACGGUACUCACAAUGCAUUCAGCCUGCUAACUUGCUGUGAUGCCUUUCCUGGGAAUACUGGAUCACAGAACCAUCCUUGUAUGGUUUUUUUCCCUUUGAUCUCAAACUUCUCUGCAAGAGAAUUGUGGAUUUGUUCAAGGGAUGAUUACAGAUUUGUAGAAACAGUAAAGAACAUUGCUCUAAAUCUUCUUAAAAUGAGGAUGUAUAAUUUGUCACCCCACAAUAAUGGAUUUUAGUGGAGUGGUAUUCCUUUUUCAGUUACCUGAUUUGAAAGUAUGUCGGUAACAUACUUGAUUGAAGGCAAAAAGUUGGAUAAAUUGCACUUUAUUUUUUUUUAUUAGCAUGGAGCAUGGACGUGCUUCUGGGAGUCAUGCAGCCGGCCAGGUGGAGUUAUAACAGUACUGUAAUUGUUUACAUUCUCUGAAUUAGCAUUGGCAGAGGACCCACAAAGGAUUUGUUAAUGUGACAUAAGUGAAAUGUCAAUUGCUUUUGGUAGAUGCCGCCUGAGCAGAACCUUGCGAUUAGCUGCUCAGCCACACUUGCUCAUUCUUACGGGAGAUAGGUCAUUAUAAAUCUGCAAGUUACAACCACAGUUUCAAAGCAAGUAUUUUUGUUAGAGAUGGUAUCCUUUUUGAAGGAUGUAUAUAAGCUGGAUUAAACAAUCAGAUAAGAACUCCUCUGAGCAGCUUGUCUUACUUGUUUGGGUGGAAAGAAAGCCGGUCGGUGUUGUUCUGUUUAAAUGUAUUCAUUCAUUCCGUUAUAGUCAGCUGUCAUGUUCAACAGUUAAGUAAAACUUCAAGCCAUUGAACCUUCUAGAGCAGCGGUCCCCAACCACCGGGCCGCGAGGGAACGAAAUGAUUUGCCGAUAUGAGUCAGCUGCACCUUUCCUCAUUCCCUGUCACGUGCACUGCUGAGCUUGAACGUAUGCGAGGUCAUUACCCGCGCGUCAUCCAUGUCAACACGGGAAGGAGAUCAACUGCUCGAGCUUGCAAAUGACGAUGGGCUGAAAAGUAUUUUUGACAUAACAUCUCUGCCGGCAAAGUCAAAGCUGCAUAUCCUGAGAUAGCCACGAAAGCACUGAAAACGUUGAUUCCAUUUCCAACAUAUCUCUGCAAUGAAUGCAACGAAAACUAAAAUGUGGAAUAGACUGGACAUAAGGAACCCCCUUGGAGUAUCGCUAUCUCCCAUCACCCCUCGAUGUCUUGUUGCAGGGAAACAAGUAUUCAGCCCAGGGCUCCCACUGAUUCAGCGAUAUUGGUGUGUUGCAAUGAUUUUAUAUGUUCAUAUGGGGAGAAUAUAUGCUGUAUGUUUAAUAUCCAAAUGUUACUUAAAAUGUUAUGAUGCUAUUGACUUAUAAGUGACUUAUAUAACCAUAUAACAAUUACAGCAUGGAAACAGGCCAUCUCUGCCCUUCUAGUCCGUGCUGAACGUUACUCUCACCUAGUCCCACCGACCUGCACUCAGCCCAUAACCCUCCAUUCCUUUCCUGUCCAAUAGCUAUCCAAUUUUUCUUUAAAUGAUAAUAUCGAACCUGCCUCUACCACUUAUACUGGAAGUUUCUUCAACACUUACUUCAAGCUCCCCUGUCCUCCCCUAAUAACUGACAUAACUAUAUUCAUGCGAGGAAAAUAUGCGGUGUGUGUUUAAUAUUAAAUUUGUUAGAUAAACCUUUUUAGAAACUAAAUUGAGUGUAUUAGCCACUUAUCACCUAUAUUCCGGUUGUGAUUAACACUUACCCCCCCCCCGAACAGAAUCGCCAAAAACGAUUUGUAGAAAAGAAUGGGCACGUACACGCAUGUGCACUGGUGCCCGUGCAAGGCUUCAUGGUCAUUGUAGUCUUUCUCGGGGUAAACACAACGUAUUUGACUGCUACUCUUGUCCGUUGGCAACCGUACCCCCCCCCACUGGGUCGGCCGGUCCGCAAGAAUAUUGUCAAUAAGAAACCGGUCCGUGUUGCAAAAAAGGUUGGGGACCCCUGUUCUAAAGAACUUCAGAAAUGUAUCUGCAUCAAACUAUUGGGAUUAGUUUUCCUUUUCAGUUAUUCCAAUAUGCUGUGAUCAAACAAAACUAUAUUUCUAUAUUUCACUUUAUUUUCCUUAAUGCAAGAAAUUAAGUAUUUGCAGAUUUUAUGUGGAAAAAAAUUCAACAACUUCUGUAAAACAACAGCUGUAUAUACAUAUGUAUUUAUUUGAAAGACUGGCUUAUUUUGAAUGUUUUUUUAUAGGACAAACCUUUUUUUUCCCUGGUUGGGAUAAAUUGUGAUAUUCAUUACUUAACUGAGUAGGGGGAUAUUGAUUGUCAAUUGAAAGUUUAAAUUACCUCAGCAAAAUUAAUGGAGGCAAUUUGUGCAGCCAUCUGUUAGAAUUCAAAACAAUAACCAAUCUUGUAUUAAUUUGUGUACAUUUUAGCAAGACCCUUUUCCAUAGUCUUCAAAAAUUAUGAUUUUUGCUUUGACCUUGUAUAUUCUUUUACUCGGUUGUUUAUAACUAGAGAAACAUUCUUAUUGGCUUUUUCAUUUGGAAACACUUCAUUUGUGAAUAAAUUCUCAAGGAUGGCAUGGUACCAUACUGACUAGACCAGAAUCCUUGGUCUGGUUUCCCUGCCAGUCGGGAGUACACCAAGGAUGGUAUAUUUGGCCUCCUUGAACUUGGGACAAGGGAGAUAAAUCUCACUCCUGCAGCCAGUGGAGGAAAGAAAUAUGUGUGUGGGAACUGAGUGAGAUUAAUACUCCGUCCAACGUCAGUCCCUUCCCACGUAACUCAGACUAACCUGCCACAUGAAGAAUGCCAGUGUGUGCAGGUUACUAGUGUUCUGCUGGCUUUUGUAGAACUUGUGCACCAGCAUGAGAUAAUAUUACAAGAAAAAUAAGAUUGGCACACGGGAGGGGAAGGAUUACAAAGGGGAGAAAGAGAAAGAAGCUACUUUAAAAAAAUAGUUUUGUGUGAAGGUGGGUUGUAUAUGCAUUUAGGGAUGAGGGCUGUGGUUUUGGUCAUGUUUGCUGUUAUUAAUCUAAAAAAUUAGUCCUUGGAGGACUACAAUAGCAUUCACAAAGAAAAAUAAAGUUUAGAAGUUUUUCAUUUUCUUCAAUAUCAGUUAAGAAAUCUGAUGUUGUGCCUUAGAUCAGGUUAAGGAUAAUCUAUUUUUACAGCUAAGCUCCAAUUUCAGCUUCUAGUAUUGGACUGCAUCUUUUCAAAAGAAGGUACAAACAGUGCUUCAAGCAAUGUUGUCUGAAAGUAUCAUGAGGAAAUAAGUUUGUUAACUGACAUAAAAGAGAAUAUGACUCAUGUCCUAUGUUACUUAACUAAUUCACAAUAAGUGAAACACAAAAAUUGCUGGAGGAACCCAGCCUGUUGAAUAAACGGUCGGCAUUUCAGGCUGAGACCCUUCAUCGGGACUCAUCAUGAUCUCGGCCCGAAACGUUGACUGCUUAUUCAUUUGCACAGAUGCCAUCUGACCUGCUGAGUUCCUCCAGCAUUUUAAGUGUGCCGUCAUGGAAUUCCAGAAUCUACAGAAACACUUGUGUUUAUAGUUCACAAUGGCCCUAUAUUGUGCAAAAUUCUGAAAUCCUGCACAUCAGAUGAAUAAAGGGCCUACAGCCAAAAACAACUCUAAUCAGUAAAAUAAGUUUCCCAUGUUUACUUGAAUAGGUGUAUAGAACUCUAAAUAAGAAUGCAUAUAUCUGUCAUUCCAUUUGCAUAGCUUGCAGUUUUAAAUCCAAACAACAUAUGUAGUUCAGCUUUAUACACUAUUUGGAAGCACCAAAUUAAGAACUUUAAAAUUUUACCAAAAUAUUUGCAUACAUUGCAUUAGUAUUUAUAUUUAUAUUUCGGUGUAUAAAAUAAUUUGAAUAUUGGUUUACUGAAUAAUUUUCAAACAAUUUUGGAAUACUUCAUUUGGAUAGAAAAGCUUUCUUCCAUUUUUUGCAUACCUAUUGGGUUAAAACUUCUGAUCUAAAUGUCUCUCUCUGUGCCAAGUGCCCACACUACUGCCAUGAGGAUACCUGUUCUUUACUGUGUGACUUAAGCAGUAUUAAUUAGCUCUCUUUAGCAGUUUCUGCAUCCAGAUGAGGAGGAGUGAGUCACCCCUGUAAUUGGACCUUGGCUUCAUUUCAAUUGAGCAGCCAAGCUGAACGAUCAAAAGGCAAUUCGCUGGCGAAGCAUGGUGGACAUUUUGGCACUCGCUUGUAUCAUAGCACAGCUCGGGUAAGUGAGGACCAAGAGCUUGUGAACCAAGAAGUUGUCCUGGUUUAAAUGGAUGCAGCCAGCUCCCCCAUCAAAUCCUUUCUUCAGAGAAAGUCUCAAACAAGAGACAGACCCUUUGCCAGUGCAAGUAAGUAGCCUGUCUCCUUCAGAUAUGGGGCUGUAUGGUGGAUUUUUAUCAAUAUGCAGUACUGUGCAUAUUGAGGCACAUAUAUUGUAUAUAGCUCGGGAGCUUAAAACUUUUGUGCAGUGCAGUAGUAAUUUUAUGUAUUGCACUAUACUGCUGCCACAAAAAAAACAUUUUGUGACAUGUGAA